CAUAGUAGAUAUUCUAGGAUUGCUUGGAUUUCUCGGAUACUUCCUCUCGAGAAGUUCGCUGAGAUCUGUCGAAAAGUCUACUUCGCUGUUGACGACUAUAGUGAGAUCGAUCUCGUGCUUGCUAAUGGGUACUUAUCCCACAUAUUUUCUGAGCAUGUCGUUAUAUCCGGACUUCGGGACUAUCGAGAGUACUCUCAGCUCUGUCGCAAGAACCUUCAUAAUGCCCUAUCGAGACUCCCACUUCUCUUACCGGCAUCCAUGGAGGUUAUCGCCGCGUUGGCGCUUGGGGUGAGUAUCUUCGGUUCUAUCUCUAAAGGGUGCUGACAGCUAACAUAUAAACAGACGUUCAAUGCAGUCGAGAAUUCUAAAGCUACGAUGGCGUGGACGUUUAUUUCUGCUGCCUCGGAUCUUUGUCAAAGAUUAGGAUAUCAUCGUUCUCGUCCUCCGAGAGAUGAUGACAAAUCUCUGCGAGCUGCCCAAGAACGUCUAUUUUGGACUAUCCACAGAAUGGACAAGGGACUUUCGUUUCGCUUCGGUCGCCCGUCGAAUAUCCGUGAUGCUGAGAUUACACUGCCACAUAAUCCGAAGGAGCCACGGUUUACCAAAGUUGCAAGAAUCCAGGGGAGAGCAUACGAUGAACUUUAUAGCCCAGCAGCUCUAUCUCGACCGAUUGCUGAACGUGCCCGAAUAAUUGAGAUACUUGGUACAGAGUUACGAGUACUGAUAGGCGAAACGCAUGCCGAAAUCUUCGAUGCCACCAAUCAACCAGGCGACAGCGAGGCAGAUCCGAUGCGAGUGGUGUACUUACAAUGCGACCUGGUUUGCCAAUAUUCGUUACUCGCUUUGAUUUGGCGGGCAGCUCCUGUCGUACAAGGCCCCUCAAGUGUCUCGGAAGAUUGCGUAGCGAUCGCUCGCGAGACUCUAGAUAUUCACCAUCAGUGUAUGCUGGCCGUCAAUAAUUGCAAAGGCGAUCCAUCUAUGGUCAUUAGAUAUAUAAACUGGGCGAUUAUGCAUAUUCCUUUCGUCCCAUUCAGUAUUCUCUUUACCCGCGCCAUUCAGCUAUUGGAUUUCGCCGAUCUAGCUCGCUUGGAAAAUUUCGCGACUUCUCUGGGGCCGGGGACGGAUUCCUCGGAGUCGUUUACACAUCCCUACCGACUGUAUGAUCUUCUCUGCAAGGCUGCACGGAUUUACAUUGACAGAAACAUCCCCUCAUCGUCCACGGAUGCAACUUUGGUCGACAACCCAUCGAUUUCCUUGGGACAAUUCGAUUUCGGAAGCAUUGUGCCGGAUGCAGGGAUGGUAGAAGGUGGAAACUUGGGAAUUGAUGAUGCCCAGAUGUACGACUUGAGUGAUUGGUAUUACAGCAACCAGCAGAUCAUGAACUUGUUGGAUGAAGAUUUAAUGUUUUGAAUUUCUCAGCAGCUCUAGAGAUAUUAUAUAUGAGAGGAUUUAUGUAAGCCGCUACUAUCUUAUGCUGAAAGCAUACCCUGCACAAAUGUUAAGCAAAUUGAGCUUAUGCAUCGGCUAAGGGUAUGAAGCUAGACCAAAAUGAGAAACUUACCUCGGUAUGUAUUCGUCUAGUGUUCCCC